AUGAACGAUAUUCUUAUAGAGAAUAAGGUGUUUUUAUCAGGAACAUGUUCAAGAGAAACAGGUGAAGUUGUAUUUAAACUGUUAAAACCCAUAGAUUUACAAAGAGUAAAAAAGGUAGUAUUAGAAAGAUUGAUAGUAACAGCGACCUCAACUCCCAAUUCAUGCAUGAUAUCAUUGGGUGGACAAUUCUCAAUGCAAGGCAGUGCUCAGGUUGUCAACAACAAUGCAAAAAAGGUUUACAGUGGUGUUUAUCCUAUCGAUCUGUUGGGUUGCAAUUCAUAUCAAACAUCAUUGAAAUCGAUGGGAUACAAUCUUCAGCCACUCGAAUUUACAGUCAUUGAUAGAUCAAUCAAAGAACUAUCAUUAAUCAAUGUUAUCAUACUCAAAACGACAGGUGAACCAAUAUCACAUGUGGCUCCUGUUGAAAUAAUAUUAUCCUAUUACACUCUUCAACAAUAA